AGGAUGAGGCAGAAACACGCAAGAUCUGAUAGAAAGAGGCAGCAUUCACAUCCGGCAAUUAACCAUGGACUUUGACUACCAAAAGAUUAAAGAUGCUGAAUUCCAGCAGAGAGAAGAGAGACUGGGUGAUUUUGCUAUCCACCAUCCAGUCCCAAAGCCCCGUCCAUCUGUAGCCACAGAAAACCAUCUCACUCCCAAGAAACCUCCAGUAAAACCCCGCCGGAGCAUUAAGGGUCGUCCCACAGCCCAGCAAGAGGCUGAUCAAUUAAACCAGAGCCAGCAGAAGGAAAAUGAGAUGGCGGUAAAGCGAAUAGAUCCUGCUCUGGUUUUGGGUCCCCCGAGGCCCCUGGAGGCUCUGUCUCCAUGUCUGCGUGCGAAUACUCUGCUGUGGUUUGAAAGAACGCAGCUGCCUCGACUGCAAACACCCGGACAGCCUCUGCCCUGUUGGCUCCAUGGUUUUGCUACACGCAGGGAAGCGGAACAGCUGCUACAGGAUAAACCGCUAGGGUGUUUCCUGUUGAGACUCAGCGAGUCAAAAAUCGGCUUUGUGCUGUCUUACAGAGGUAAGGACCGGUGUCGUCAUUUCAUCAUUGAAGAGGAGGAGAGUGGAACAUUUGAUAGUGUGUAUCUAAUUGCUGGAGAAAGCAGCCAUCAUAAAAGCCUGGAGAACUUGAUCAGCUACUACACCCAAAAUCCCGUGGGGCCCUUUAAUGAGUUGUUGACUGUGCCUUGUGUGCAGCCUUAUGUGGGCAUUGAGGAGAUUGAGAGAUUGAGAAACAAGGAAACAGAGGUAAAUGGGAAAGCAACAGAUCAAGAUGAGAAGACAAAACUGCCCAUAGCCAUCGGUCCAGCUAUUCUAAAUCAGUUACUCACAAACCCACCCAACCAGAUCACAUCUGCUACAGGAGAGACUGUGCAGUACGCAGCAGUAAGAAAGCCACUGAAAAAGACUGUCUCAUUGCCAGAGUGCAAGUGUGCAGCUGAAACAGUGCCUCCUGUCCUGGAAAAUGGCACAUCCGAGCCUGCUGAAAGACCCUCAAAUCUUAGUUUAACAGGAGAUCAAGCUCAUAUGGUGGACGCCCCAUAUGCUAGAGUUAAAAAAACUCCCAAAGCGGCAUCAGAAAAUACUUCCAACAUGAGCACCGACCCUGACCUACAGGGUGCGACGGCAGCUUUCACCCCUCCAUCCAUCCCAAACUUUGACUCAACAGCAGACCCCAAAUACUGGCAACUGGAGCCCAUGCACACCUAUGAGGAGACCCCGUUCACACACAGCCGACCGGAGGACAUUGACUGCUAUGCUGUGGGUUGGAGAAGGCAAGCGGUUGGGGAUGCAGUAACCCUCCUAAAGAAUCAUGAAUAUUCAGAAGUGAACAUCAAGGGUGCUCAAGAAGGCAACUCUGUACCCAGACCCGGACCUAGUCUUCCUCUUAGACCACCUCCAAGAUCUACUCAUGGCCCUUUGCGACCUGAGAUCAAUGCGCAGAGUUUUGGUGUGUCUCCAAUGAUGGCUCAGACCCAGUACUCUGGUUUCCAUCAUUCAGAGCAGCCACGACUGGAUGAUUCCUCCAACUCCAUUUAUGAACAGAUUCCAGAAAGAUCUAGACCACCUUUGCAGCCCCCAAACCCCAGACGCUGACCUCAGGACUGUAUAGAUUUCUCAAUAUAAAAAAAAUCUGAGAACAGCAUAGCAUGUAUAUGUAUCCAAAUGAUGCAAAUGUGACGUUGGACCACAAAACUAGUAUUAUAUUGCACCAGACGGGUAUGUUUUUCUUUUGUGACAAAAAAUUAGAAAAUUAAGAUAAUAUAUAUUGUACAUUUUCUGCUGUAAAUACAUCAAAGCUCUAUUACAUUGCUAUAAAGAAGUUCAUAAAGACAGCUUACAAGGCGAUUUUCUAAGUAUUUUAAUAUUUUUGAAUUCUCAGAUUACAGAUAUUCAAAGUGGGACCAAAUAUUUUUCAUAUGCAGAUAAUGCUUUCAUCUAUGUUAUACUUAUUUAUUCAGCUUUCAGGUGAUGUAGAAAACCUGAUGUAGAAAAAUUGACACAAAUAUAAUCUGUAUAUACAUUAAUAAAUUUAUAGGUAACACUUUACAAUAACAGUACAUGAAUAAUGAUGUGUUAAUGUGCAAACUAAAUAUUACUUUAUUAUGAAUUAAUGAUAAGUUAAGGCACACGCUAAUCAUGAACUAACUAUAACGUCACAAGAGUUCAUGUCUGAAUAACGGCUACAUUAACUACUUGUUAGUAUACACUUGUAGUCAUGUACGUCUAUUCAAUUUCAAUAAACCUCUUUUAUUGAAUGGUGUUGUGUACAACAAACUACCACCCCCCCACACUCGCCCCCACCAUUUGGAUAUUAUAUAAUGUUCUGAAUGUAUGUUUGAGAGAAGCUUAAUAAUCACCCAGAGCUUUCCAAAGUAUAUAUCAGUGAUAGUAUUGUGAGGGAUUUUAU